CCCCUGGGCGGGAGGCGGCGGCACCAUGUCGGUGAGCGAGAUGUUCGCGGCGCUGCAGGGAGCGCUCGGCCAGGACCAGGACAUCCGAGAGGAGAUCCGGAAGGUGGUGCAGGCGCUGGAGCAGACGGCGCGGGAGAUCCUGACGCUGCUGCAGGGCGUGCACCAGGGGCCCGGCUUCCAGCACAUUCCAAAGAAGUGUCAGAAGGCUCGUGAGCACUUUGGUACAGUGAGGACACAGAUGGAGUCUCUGAAAACCAAGUUUCCUGCUGACCAGUAUUACAGGUUUCAUGAGCACUGGAGGUUUGUGCUGCAGCGGCUGGUGUUCCUGGCAGCAUUCGUGGUCUACUUGGAGUCAGAAACAUUAGUGACCCGAGAAGCUGUUGCAGAAAUACUUGGGAUUGAAGCUGAUCGAGAACGGGGCUUUCACUUGGACAUUGAAGAUUAUCUUUCUGGUGUAUUAACUCUGGCCAGUGAGCUGGCCAGGCUGGCAGUGAACAGCGUCACAGCUGGGGACUAUUCUCGCCCUCUGCGCAUCUCAACCUUUAUCAAUGAGCUGGAUUCUGGCUUCCGCCUCCUCAACCUGAAGAAUGACUCCCUGAGGAAACGCUACGAUGGCCUGAAAUACGAUGUCAAGAAAAUUGAGGAAGUGGUUUACGACUUGUCGAUCAGAGGACUCAAUAAGGAGGCAACAGUUGGUGCAGGCGGGGAGAAGUGAAGGCUGCUCGUUUGAGCAGCAUCAUCCAUUACCUCAGAUGGUUGCCAAUUUAGGAAGUACCUAGAGAAGCCUUCCUACAGUAGUUUAGAAGAACUGCAGCUCAAAGCUGCUCUCUAUUUUCUUACAAAAGGUGUAGUGCAGGUGUUAGAUGUUUUGUAAAGUCAUGUCUAGAUUAGGACAGUAGACUCUGUUUCCGGUGGAAUUCCGCUGUCAAACACACGGUGCCGUUCUCUGCACAGCAGCAACAGCAGUCAGUAACUCCCGUCAGCUGAGUUCCCAUGAGUUCUGUAGUGCUGCUUCCCUGCUCUGUCAGAGAAGUGCUGUGGCUGUCUCUGCUCACACACCCUCAGAAGUGUGUGCAGCACACAGCUCGGUGCAGACACACGGGAUCUUUUAAGAAACAGUGUGUAAAUACUGACUUUUUUUUAAGACACUUUGUUUUCCCCUUUUUCUUUCUUAAAUUUUCACCUAUGUAAGUUGAACAAAUUUGCCUGUUUAUGAACCAGAUCUCUUUUUUGAUGGUUUCUGUUAAUGUACCCCCUGUAAUUAAGAAAUUAAUGAAAAUACUCCUGAGAAUUCCUCUGUUGGAACUGGUGUCUUGCACCCCAGUCUCUCUCUCUCUCUCAUAUUUUUUUUUUCUCUUUCAGUUACCAGGGAGAGCAAAGUUUUCUUAGACACCUGCUUUCUCUGUCUGGUAUUUGUUUUGCUGGCAUGAGUAAAUGCAGAGUUUUAAAUUAUGAUUUGCCUUGAGAACUCAGUGUAACCAGUUUUUACGGUUUUUUUAACUUGCAAGUUUUCUGAAUAGAGAAGUGUAAACUGAUAAACUGGAGGUGGUGUCUGAGUUGUAACAACCUGUACAGACCGCAACUGUACCUGUGUCCUGGGAUUAAAAAAAAACAAAACAACACCACAAAACUAUAGUUUGUGUAGUAAAAUGUUUGUAUCUCCAGAAACGGGGAAGUUACUGCUUUCAGGUAAGUAUGUAAGAUGUUUGCAGACACCAAGAGCCUCUUUCAUGUCUGUAACUGGGCAGACUCAUGCCUCCCCAUGUGCUUGUUCUAUUGCCCUAAAUCACUUCGAGUUUUGCCAUUCUCCUACCUCUGGUGGUGCAGGAGGGGUAAGGAGAACAGCUAAUUUAGGAUGAGGAAUACUUCAGAAGAUGAAUGGCAACAGUCAAGUUUAUGGGGAGUUUGUUAGUGUUUUGGUUUCUUAGUGAAGAUUUACUGCUGAGUUAAGGGGUUGUUUUGUUUAUUGGAAGAAAAUGGGGUUUUUUGUUAUUUUAGCCAAUAAAAGCUGUUCUUUGAUUAUGA